AUGAGUAACUACCCCCCUGCUGUGGUGAUAGACAAUGGCUCUGCGGUGCUGAAGGCAGGCUUGGCAGGGAACAAGGAACCCCAGUUCAUCUAUGCCAACAUCACAGGCCGGGCCAAGGGCAAAGUGGGGGCCUCGGAAAGCUCCCCGAGGGAUCUCUUUGUGGGUGAGGAAGCUCAGACCAGGAGAAGUUCCCUUUCCAUCAGCUAUCCGGUGGAACGGGGCCUUGUCACCUCCUGGGGAGAUAUGGAGGCCGUGUGGAGGAAUGUUUAUGAAAAGAACUUGAAAAUGAAAGCCUACGAGAGCCCAGUCAUGCUCACAGAGCCAGCACUCAACCCUCUGACUAACAGGAAAAGGAUGACCGAGUUAUUCUUUGAGGGUUUUGAGGUGCCGGCUCUUUAUGUUUCCAUCCAGCCUGUCCUGGCUCUCUUUGCCUCGGGCUAUACGACUGGGUGUGUGCUGGAUUCAGGCGCUGGUGUAUCCCAGUGUGCGCCCAUCUUUGAUGGUUACUGCCUGCCUCAUGGCGUCCUUCGACUGGACCUGGCUGGACGAGAUCUCACCCAGUACCUUACGAAACUCCUCCAAGACCACGGCAUCUUGCUGCUCAGCCAAUCGGACAAAAAGGUUGUCAAUAACAUCAAGGAAAACUACUGUUACUUGGCUGCCAACUUUGAAGAGGAACUGACCAAGAAUCCCGCCACAUUGGAGAAAACUUACAAACUGCCUGAUGGGAAGAUCAUCAAACUCCACGAUGAGAUGUUCCGAUGCCCAGAGAGCCUUUUUCUUCCAGGGCACCUGAAUCUGGAGGCUCCUGGCAUUGACAAGCUCUGUUUCAAUAGCAUAAUGAAGUGUGACACAGAUUUAAAGAGUACCUUCUUCUCCAAUAUUGUCCUUGCUGGAGGAUCGACCUGUUUUCCUGGUUUAGACAAGAGGCUAGUAAAGGAACUGGCCCUCAUGGUGCCUGCCAACACUUCUGUGAGGGUUUCUACCCCACCAGACAGGAAAAUAUCCGUGUGGAUGGGAGGUUCCAUUCUCGCUUCCCUGUCUGCCUUUCAGGAUAUGUGGAUCACCAUGGCAGAAUUUAAAGAGGUUGGAGCCAAUAUAGUACAUCAGCGAUGCUUCUGA